GAUAGUUUCACCAUUGAUGACACAGAAUAAAGAAUUUCAUACAGGAGACUUCAUACUUAAUACAAUUUUAUACAAUUUUGUUUUAAUUUCAAAGCUACUUUGGCCUUGUUAUAAUUUUUACUUUAAAAAAGCUAAGCAUUUUACAAAACAAGUGACCUACAAUUGAUAUUUUACCUUAUGAUACAAAAAGAAACCUUCGUAACACGAAGAAAAACUACCCAAGUAUUGUGCUUGCGCUAUUUUCUUCGUGUUGAGGGGAAAUUCUUCGUUAGGCAUUUGGAGUGUACGUGGCAGUGAAUGAAACAGAUUGAGCAAAGGGGACGCGACAGUGCGUCACGUAAUCUGAGAUUCUGUCAGUAUUGAGGCCGUCCAAUCCAAUCUCACCAUCGCCUGGUCCUGGAUUAUUUACACUGGAGAUGGGGACCAAAUUUCUAUUGUCACCUUAAUGUGUAUUUACUUAGUGACCAAAUUGAGCUUGUGGAUCAAGUUGUGACAACUGCUAUUCGUUGAGAAAAACAUUCUGCCCCAUCCUGGUUGGAAUAGAGACAACUUGGCAUCUUAAACUUACAUUCGACAGUUCUUCUUCGGCAAGUCCACCUGCGAACACGGAUACCCGCUUGACCCGCGGCCCCUGUGCACCUCCGUGAGGACGUCUCCAUCUUAUUUGACUGGGGUACUGUCUGUUAGCUACUCCCAACGCAAUGGACGAAUCGCUGCUGCUGGCUCUGCCUGAGGAUGUGCUGCUGGCCGUGCUGGCACACCUGUCCGCGAGGGAGCUCUUCGGGUGCCGCGUGCUCUGCCGCCGCCUCCGGGACGUCUGCCUGCACCCGGCCCUGUGGCGCCGCCUCAGCCUGCCGGCGGCGUGCCACAAGGGAGUGGUGCGGGCCGCUCUUCGGCUGGCGCCAUGCCUCCUCCGAGUACAGUGGACUGGCGCGGACCUCGACACCUUUGCCUCCAUGGUGUCCGAAACCUCGUGUGUCGUCGAGAAGCUCUUCGCGAUAGUGCAUUCUCCGAACGAUGUCCCCCUGGCAACGUCAAUCGUUCAGAAGUUGUCCGGCCUGGGAGGCCUGAAGACGCUACGACUAGUUCUGAAUGGCAUUGCCGCCGAUACUCUGUUACCACUGUUGGGCACUGUUUACACUGUGAACGAUCUUCGAGUUCUGCAUAUCUGGAUUGAUAGCGAUCCGCCAGUGACCCUUUCAUCUUCAUGGUGCGAUACGGGCCGCAAUCCCACCCUUAGGGAGCUCAUGUACUCCGCACCCACAGUGGACUCAUUUCUCGAAGUGUUACUCGUGACCCACGCUGCCACCCUGGAGAAAGUGAUCCUCAGCAAGGUGGGGAGCGUUCCCGUGCAUUUGUUGAACGUGAUGCCGAGGCUGCGAUCCUUGUCCUGUCCCCCGAACGAAGCCCUUGUGCAGUUAGCGGUCCCCACGCUUCGCGAGGUGACCUUCAGGGCCAUGCACAUGAAGGCCUACCCCGCAGGUGCAUUGGCCUUUCUGGAAGCGUCGCAACUCGGAGACGUGACUCUCUUCUUGUCCAAGGAGAGCCCUGCAGCCCCUGUCCAGGCCCUAGCCAGGUCGCGCUCAGCUCACCUCGUGAGGAAGCUCAAUCUCCGUUGGACACCGCAUGUCUUGGACUUGGUGGCUCCUUCCCUGCCCUGCUUCGUCGCCCUGCAAGACCUCACCGUGGACUCGGAGCCGACCAACGGCUUCCUGCAGGCGGUGACCCCCGCAUCGCUGCCCUGCCUCACCAAGCUAGUCGUAAACUGCUUCGGGCCCUGCACCCACGCGUGGCUCCAUGAUCCGGCCACGCAGGAUGUCCUCAUCAGGAAUCCCCGACUCCACCUGCGCCUGUCGGACGUCGCUGUCGUCCCCACCCUGGACGUCUGCACAUGCCCUUGGUGCCGCUGGGGUUGCCACUCCCAGCUGUGGACGACGCGCCACGGCCUGGGGUCAGCGUUCUCUUCGCACAGCAGGGAACCUGGAUGCCCGGCUGACUGCUACCAGGUGGCUGUGGCACCUUGCCAAGGAUGUGGCACCCUGCCCGAGCAGUGACCGCCCGCCCGCUCAGGCCCAUCUGAACCAAUUUCUAUCCAACAUAUUGUUGGUCGCUGAACAGACGGUUUUCAGGCUCUUGUUCGUUUAUUACACUGGACCGCUUGCUUUCCGACGAUGUUUGUGUUUCAUUCGAGAGCAUUGAAGUGUCUUAGAAAUUUUUGAUAUUUUAUUUCUUUCUGACGAUUUUGAUUUAUAGCCAUGACGCUGACAUGUGUCGUUUUCUUUCAAGUUUUUUUUUAUUGUGGCAAAGAUUAGUUACAUUGAAAUAGGUUCCUCUGAACUGCUUACGCAGAUUAGAGUUCAGGAGCUGAAAUUCUGCUCUUAACAGCGUGUGUUUUGCUUAAAUUUUACGUGACUUUGUAAAUGUUCAAAACAAUAAAACAAUCAAGGAUUUUA